AGCCAAUGUCUGGCGCAACCGAUGGCAGUGCCAUGUGCCAUAGGCAAAUGCCCUCUAGUCAGGACAGACAACGCGGAUUUGGUAGGUUUGCAGAACUCGUCUAAAGGGCGAGGAAAUGCAUCAGGACGAGUAUUGCAAUGUGAGCUGAAGAUAUAAGCCCUUGGGCAUCAGGUAGGGGAUUCUGAAUGAUCAUACCCAUCUAACAAAAAAACCAAACAAUGUCGAAGCGUAAUAGUAGCUCGAGCAGUUCGACUGCAUCAUCUUCAACCACCCUCAAUCAGGACAACUCCAACCUGCCAUAUGUCCUCGCAAGGCACGACAGUCACGACUGCUAUUUUGACAUCAAAGUCACCCGAUGCGAACUCGUUACCGUCAAUAGCAAAGAAGCGUAUCAGCUGCACUUCAAACUGGAUUUUGCACGGCCGUUCGAUCCCUCCAAGCGUAUUCGCUCAGCAGCCGUUGACAUCCAGGUUACUAGCAAUAGCCGCGAUCCGAACCGUCCAGGCCCAGCUAUUGUGGGCAUUGACCCGGAAGCAAGCCUCGUAUAUAUGGCCGACCAUGAGGUCAGCUCGGGCCAAAAUGUCGGCGUCAACGUUGGAGCACCGGGCCCAGCAGCAGGUGCUAUCAGUGCCAACGUAGGCCUGACCUGGGGAGAUAAGACCACAUUCAAGGGAUCCAGGCUUUUUCAUGGCUUUCUACCGUCCCCUCGUCAUGCUCAGUGGAAGAUGUACGAGGAGCCUAAGAGCAAGAGCGGCUUACCUCCCUCGGUGCGGCUGAUGGUCAUAGUCAAGAGCGCAAGAAGCUUCUAUGUCAGCGCAAAUGUCCUUGUCCAGCGUCGGAGUGCGUUUGGGUGGGUGAGAAACAUCAGUGCGCCCGCAACGACCGUGAGUGCCCGAGGAUAUAAGGUGCAACGCCGGCUGGUACGAGCUGCACGUGAAAGCGCUCUCAAUGAAGUCUCCGACAAGAUCACGGAAUUGCUCAGAGAGGGCGAGGGAAAAAUGCAAACCCUGCAGGGUAUCGUCGACAAAGAAUUUCCAAACCUCAAUCUAAGUGCUGUCUACGGCCACCACAUUGCACUGCUGAAGCUAAAAUCCAUGAAUGGUUUGUUUGACCGGAAACAGAUUGAAGUCCCCUUCCUUCAGGACGGUACCAAUAAGCUGCUGCUUGGCCGGCAAUCUGGAGAAGCACGGGCGAGGCGUGCCGACGGAAACUUCAACACCAAAAGCGUAUCUCUGCGCCACGCAGAAGUCUGGGCGGACAAAGAGACUGGGCAAGUCUACAUCAGGGACCUAAGUUCAAGAGGUGGAACGUUCGUCAACGGGCAACGUCUUGGGUCUGGAGAGGCUCGUGAGUUACACGAACAUGACCAACUGCAGCUAGGCACCGACAUUCAGGGCGACGACAGUAAGUCGAUAAAGCACGUCCGUGUCAUGGCGAAGGUCAACUUUGCAGGACUGGCCCUGCCCAAUACCCGGGAAGUUGAGGCUCGGAAGGAAGCAGCACGAAAGGACGUCAACAGCAAGUUUGAUGUAUGGACAAUGAUGGCAGUUGGCGAAAAAGAAGUCGACAUGCUUAAUGGUUUGGCAGACGUGGUUGGUCAUCGACUCGAAGCGCUAGAGAUCCUAACGUAUGGAUCAAAUUCACCGUUCAUCGACGAAGGUGAAAGUGAGCAAGGCGAUCCUGAGGAGGACGAGGAGGGUCAUGGUGGUGGCCAUGGUAGCUUUCGUAUCACCGACGUAGCACCGCCCACCGGAGGGUCUCGCAGGAGAUCAACCAUGAGAGACAGGACCUAUGAUGGGGAUCAUAGCUUGCGGCCGGACGAGGACAGAGGGCCGACUUAUGUCCAUUACGGAAGCCGUGCCUCGGCCAGGAAGGGAUCUCGAAACACCUGCUCAGCGAAGCGACUCAUACCGAAGAUCCAGACUGGUGAGGAGGCACUGGCGAGUCAUCGAACGGUCGGCAGAGAUUGGAAGGAAGUCAAGCUGUGAAGCGUGGCAACCUCAGGUUGACCCCCGCAUGACUGGAUACACUACGUUAUAAUUAGAUAUAGACUUCAUAAUAUUAAGAGACGAUAAGUUCUGGUAAUUGUCAAUGAGGGAUGAUUUUCCCUGCCAUUCAUAAAGGGUGGAUCGUGUGUCAAUCAACUUGAGAACGGAGGAGAACUGUCGCGUGAAGAUGACCUGUAGUACUGUAUGCCAGCGCGUAAGCCAAGGCACAGACCCAUGGCCUAGUGAGCCGUAUGGGCCCUUGGAGUUAUCUCUGUGGGGAU